AUGAGCGACACGGCCGAGUCGCGCGCCGUCUACCUGCACGAAGUCAAUAUGCGCGAUUCUUAUUGGGCCUGGCCAGCCGGGUUACUACGCGAGAGGGUGGAUUACGGGUGGCCGGCCGAUGUACACUACCCAAUCGGCCGCAUCGACGAGGCGCCAAGGAUCCUACAGCUUACAGCCAUUGGCUCCGCCCUUGAACAAAACCUGCAGAUGCCGAAAGUCCUGGGUGGUCGAUCUUUUCGACUUGGGUUGCCGACCUACGAGGAAGCCGCGUCAGCAUUGCUCGCGCGGUACAGCUUUUCUCGAACGGUCCGGAUCAAGCAAGACCCUACGCGGCAGGAUAAGCUGACGGAAUGGUUCUGGGAACAAAUGCUACUGGUGGAGGCCGAGUUGCGCGGGCCUGGCGGGAGCGGCGCCGAGGAGGCGGCCGGCCGGGAGAGCCGAGCCGGUCCACACUCCCGCCCAGCAGGCAAGCGCGGCCGCUGCAGGACUGCCAAGGACAAACGGGCUCCAAAGCGGCUCAAGGACGACCAUCAAGACACCGUCGCUGAAGAAGCAGGGCUUUCAAAAAACCUCUGA